AAUUUCCAUUUUACUCCUUUCCUUCUUUCCGGUUCAUUCCAACGACCAAUAUUAAACUCGAACCGGUCAGGUGCCUGGUUUCUUAGACCACUCUAUUCAGAUUGAUUUCUGUCUUACACGCACGCGACGCAAUCACUCACUCCUCUUCAAUUUUCGAAAUUUUCAACACAGAUAAUUGUUGAUGAUUUGGCAACAUGAAUAAGUUGGUAGAGUUCGGGAGGAAAGCCCUGUUUUAUGUCAGGGUGCUUUCUGGAUAUGAAGAACGAAAAAUACGAUCUUUUAGGCUCCAGCUUGAACAGCGUGUACAACAGGUACAAGCAAGGAGGGCAGCCAUAAAUAAAGUACCUGAACAGGUUAUUUUAUCAGAGGUUCGUCGUAUGGUUGAAGAAAUGCAAGCUUUGAACAAGAAGCUGGAAGAAACAGAGGUAGCCAUUGAAGAAUAUUUCAAGCCUCUUGACAAGGAGGCUGAGAUUAUAAUGCAAAUGCAACUACAACGGGAAGAGAAAACUUCGGAGAUGAUGAUGAGUGCACUGGAGCAACAGGCUUUGCUUAAAAACGAUGAAGCAGGAAAAACUGCAGACAACGCUAGUACCAACCUGAAGGAAUCUGAGAUUAUGAUGAAAAUGCCUAUAGGAGAGGAAGAAAACACUUUGAAAGAGAUGAUGACAGCAAUGCAGCAACAAAUUUUACUUGAGAAAGCUAAUGCUGAAAAUACUGAUGGUGUGCAUCAAUCAGAGAAGUCUAAUAUUAACCCAGUCCCAGCAUCCACAACCACUUCUAAAGGGUAAUUUUGAAACAUUGUAAUAAAAUUUGAAAUGAGUUUUGACAUUGCUGUUGAAAUGUUAACCAUUUAUGGUGAAUCACACAAACCAAUGGCAGGAUUAGCGUAGGUAUGUUGUUUAUUUGUAUUACUUUAUUUAAUAAAACUUACAUCUUUUGAGGUGUGGUCAAAUUACAUCAACA